AUGUCUGCCAUUGCCCCAAUCACCGGAACUUUGAAGAGAAAAAUUAUUGCCGACAUCACCACCGGCUUCGCCUGCGGCUUUGUUUUGGCCGGCCUUUACUGGAAGUUUGAGCACAGAGCCAUUGUGGAAAAGAGAGAGGCUUUUUACGCCAAGUUGAAGGCUGAAAAGGACGCCGAAGACUCUGUUUGA